AUGGAGCAGUCGCAGACAAACGCACAACCACAGCACAUGCACUACAAACACCGCGACGGCAGAGCGCCCAACCCACAGCACCUGGCUAUUGCGCUACACCAUGCAAAUCAAAUCCAAGCUCAAAAGGACGCCGAGGCUUUCAUACUCGACCGCAUCCUAGAACUGAUCGAGCUGCCCUCGUCUCCUUCUGCCGACGCUGCCAACCCCUCCCCCGCCGACGUCGCUGCGCUCAAAACCGCGCUUGUGCCCUUUCAGCCGACAGAUUUCGACAACUUGGUGCUGGAACGCAAUAUCGAGGGCCGCUGUGGAUAUACACUGUGUCCGCACAUGCACAGAAAGGAAGACUCAAAUGCCAAGUUCCGUAUUGUGUGGGGACCUAAAGGGGGCGCUGAUCAUGGCCGCGAGAUGAAGAUUGUGUCGAGAGAGAAGCUGGAGAUGUGGUGCUCAGAGGCUUGCGCCGAGCGAGCCAUGUAUUUGCGCCUCCAGUUGGUCGAGGAUCCGGUGUGGGAAAGGCGCGCCGGAGAUGGGGCGACGAAGCAGGUUACUUUACUGGAGGAAGCCAGAGCACUACAGAAGACGAAAAAGGCCGCCAAGAGCGAGGGAGAUAGACAGCAGCGUUUGAAUGCUACUGGUUCAGUUGCUCCAGUUGCUCUAGAGGACAAGCUAGAAGCACUCGCAUUGAAAGCCGACUCAGACGCAGAAGGUUCGAAACAACUGGCGGUUGAGAGAGGAGAUUCCAAAUCGGCGUUUCAGCAAAACGGCCGUGUCGACAUCCAGAUUCUCGAAAAAGAACCAGACGUCAAAAACGCCAACAUUACAGCUCCUUCACCUCGUCCAGGAGAUCAAACCGGUGGCUCGAUCGAAGGCUACGUCCCACACACAGCUGAUCAUAUAAAAAGCCGAAAUGGCCCAGUACAAGACGAGGGGAAUGACGACGUCCUUGAUUCCCUCUGA